AUGUCUUCAAUUGAUUCACAUCGUAAAAUAGCACUUGUCAUAGGUAAUGGCAAUUACCAAGAAGGCGUUUCUUUACGUAAUACAAAUUACGACGCAAUACAGAUGGCGUUAGCAUUGAAAAAGAUUGGAUUUCUUAUUCAUGACAAUGAACCUAAACUUAAUCUAACAUAUCAACAAAUGCGUCAUACUAUAACCAAUUUCGAAUGUUCUCUAGAAGAAGGCGAUAUGGUUCUCUUCUAUUUUGCUGGCCAUGGAACACAAUGGGAGGAUCAAAACUAUCUUAUUCCAAUUGAUAAUUACAUUGAGAAGACCAAAGACGGUGUGAAAUCAAAGUGUUCGCUCAGCGGUCCAGAACUUGGAACUCGUGCAAUAAAUGCACAAAAUCUUCUGAACAAUAUUAGUGACAGACAUCCUUUCGUAACAAUGUUUUUCCUAGAUUGUUGUCGAACUUAUCAUUUGCGUAAUAGUGAUUUGGAAAAAACUUUUCGAAGUGAGCAAAGUAAUCGGCCACAUGGAUUGAAACCAAUGCACGCGAAAGCUGGUUCAUUGAUUGCAUUUGCUUGUGCACCUGGAACAACUGCCGAUGAUGGAAAUAAUGGGGAGAAGAAUGGUUUAUUUACUAAACAUCUUCUUAAAUAUAUUCAAACACCAAAUGAAGAUAUUCAAAUGAUAUUACGUCGUGUAACCGAUGGAGUUAUGGAAGACUCGAAGGAGGAACAAAUUCCACAUCUUACAGUUGCUCUGAGACGAGAUCAUAUCUGCCUAUACAGUACAAAACAAGAAACUUUCGUGUCAUUUAUAAAACAGCAACUCAGCUCCGUACUCCGUGAAAAAAUGUCAACUCUAACUUUAGAUGGAUCGCGAACGCAACGCUACAGUAGAUCACAAUUUAAGCGCGACGGAAAGGUGGCCGCAGGAGGAAAUGGAUAUGGUAAAGAUCUGGACCAAAUCUGUUCCCCACACGGCAUCUGUGUUGACGAAAUGAAAAAUAUUUUCAUUGUUGAUUGGGGAAGCCAUCGUAUUGUGAGAUGGAAAUGGAGUGAGAAGAAAGGAGAAAUAAUUCCAGGUGGAAAUACGUCCGGAGAUCCGAAAUGUCAAUUGAAAAUGCCGUCAGAUUUGAUCGUAGAUGAACAAGAUUAUUCGAUUAUUGUAGCCGAUUGGGGUAACAGGCGAAUUGUUCGAUUCUUUAACCAAAAACAAGAAAUCCUAAUCGAAAAAGUCUACUGUUUUGGCUUAGCAAUGGAUAAUCAAGGUUCUCUUUACGUAUCUGAUUGGGAUAUGCAUGAAGUGAGAAGAUGGAAUAUAAAGGAGAAAAAGAAAGAAGGUGUAAUAGUUGCUGGUGGAAAUGGAAAAGGGAAUCAGUCCAAUCAACUCAACAAUCCUUCUUUCAUCUUUGUUGAUGGUGAACAAUCGAUAUACGUAUCAGAUCGUGAAAAUCAUCGUGUAAUGAAAUGGAAAAAGGGUGCACAAGAAGGAAAUCUUGUAGCUGGUGGAAAUGGUAAAGGAGACAAUCUCAAUCAACUGUCUUCUCCACGAGGAUUAUUCGUAGACCAAUGGAAACAAAUAUAUGUGGCAGAUAGUGAUAAUCAUCGAAUAAUGCGAUGGUGUGAAGGUGAUGCAGAAGGAUCCAUUGUGGUCGGUGGAAAAGGUCAAGGAAGUCAGUUAAAUCAACUACAUUCUCCUUAUGGUCUAGCGUUUGAUUCGGAAGGAAAUAUUUAUGUCGCUGAUCAUGGAAAUGAUCGUGUUGUUCAGUAUGAGAAAAUAACUUAA